AUGUAUUUCUUUUCAGGUUCAAUACGCUUGUGUACAGAAAAUACAGUGUGGAAUCCAAAAGGUAUCACUGUAGCCGGUUUACUCAAUGGGUUACCAUCAACAUUACUUGAAGGUUUACAAUGUCCAAAGGAUAUAUAUGUAUAUGGCGAUGGGACUAUAUUGGUAGCCGACUACGACAACAAUCGUAUAACUAAAUGGGAUCCAAAUGCAACAAGAGGAGUACUCAUAGCGGGCACAGAGGCUAUAACAUUAAUCGGACGUUAUGGUCAAGGUUCAAAUAUAGAUCAUAUCAAUCAAGUAGCUAGUAUAGUAGCUUCUUAUUUAAAUCCAUCCUUGUUGUAUAUGGCUGACUCAAAAAAUCAUCGAGUUCUUGUUUGGGAUUAUGAAACAGGAACUACACAAUUAGUCGCCGGUGAAUCAAACACGUUUGGAUCUGAUUCAAUGCGAUUACACGAUCCAUCUGAUACUGAUAAUCAUCGUAUUUUCCUAUGGUUAAAUGGUGCUCGACAAGGUCGAACUAUUGCUGGUAAUGAUACACUAGGUAAUAGUGACUAUCAAUUAAAUAAUCCAUCCCGAAUACGAUUUGAUUCCGCAAAUAAUUUAUAUGUUGUUGAUACUAACAAUUCUCGUAUUCAACGUUUUAAUCUAGUGUCAAACGGAUGUUGA